ACAUUGUUGGAUUUUUAUACCUGGAUUAUUAUUGAGCAUGAACUUUGGUAUUUUUCUUAAAGUUUCUUUAAUAAACCGCCGAAACAUCGGUGGCUUUAGUUUUUAACUGUACAGACUGCUCAGUGUUAGGCAGAUCAUUGUAGUUACUGUGUAUUAAGAGACGCAAAAGUCACGAACGCGUUUUGUUGUUUAAUGUAAGUGAACUGACAAUAAAAAGGCAGCUAGACAUGACGGGAAUGGCCUCUCCAGAGAAGGCAUCCAGCUCCAAGAAGAAGAGCGAAAGAAAAUGUGCCACUAAAGAAGAAUACAGGCAGCUGUCCAGCAUCAUGGGAGCCAUGAAUAACCUGAGAAAACAGAGAACACUUUGUGAUGUGACCCUUGUGGUUCAGGGGAAACACUUUCCUGCCCACAGAGUCGUGCUCGCUUCUGCCAGCCACUUCUUCAGCCUCAUGUUCACCACCAGAAUGAUGGAAUCAAUGGCCCAUGAGGUGGAGCUCAGAAGUGCUGAACCGGAUAUUAUCGAACUAUUGAUUGAAUUUAUUUAUACAGCUAGAAUCUCAGUAAACAGUAGUAACGUUCAGUCGUUGCUGGAUGCAGCCAACCAGUAUCAAAUAGAACCAGUGAAGAAGAUGUGCGUCGAGUUCCUGAAAGGACAGAUUGAUGCAACAAACUGUUUGGGUAUUUCAGCCCUUGCAGACUGUAUGGACUGUCCGGAGCUGAAGGCAGCUGCUGAGGACUUUUUCCAGCUGCAUUUCACAGAAGUCUACAAACUGGAUGAAUUUCUGCAACUUGAUGUCUCACAGCUAACUUAUUUACUGCACCAGGACAAACUAACUGUCCGUGCCGAGGCCCAGAUUUAUGAUGCUGCAGUGCGCUGGCUGAAGUACGAUGUGUGCAACAGAAACCAGUACAUGGUGGAGGUGUUGGGGUGCGUUCGCUUCCCUCUGGUCUCCAAAACGUUCCUCUCGAAGACUGUACAGGCUGAGCCCCUCAUUCAGGACAACCCACAGUGCCUCAAGAUGGUCAUCAGUGGGAUGCGUUACCACCUGCUGUCCCUGGAAGACCGAGAGGACCUGGGAGAGAGCAGCAGACCACGACGCAAAAAGCACGACUACCGCAUUGCUUUGUUCGGGGGUUCCCAACCUCAGUCCUGCCGCUACUUUAACCCAAAGGACUCCAGCUGGGCGGAUAUUCGUUGUCCUUUUGAGAAGCGUCGAGACGCCUCCGCCAUCUUCUGGGACAAUGUGGUGUACAUUUUGGGGGGCUCGCAGCUCUUUCCUAUCAAGCGCAUGGACUGCUACAAUGUUCUGAAGGAUAGCUGGUACUCCAAGCUGGGUCCACCAACGCCCCGCGACAGCCUGGCUGCUUGCGCUUCUCAGGGCAAGAUCUAUACAUCCGGGGGCUCAGAAGUUGGUAGCUCUGCCUUGGACCUUUUUGAAUGCUAUGACACAAGGACAGAGUCGUGGCAGGUCAAAACCAGCAUGCUGAUGGCUCGCUGCAGUCACGGCUCGGUGGAGGCCAACGGGCUCAUUUAUGUUUGUGGAGGGACUGUUGGAAAUCAUGUCUCUGGGAGGAUCCUUGGCAACUGCGAGGUGUACGACCCCAGCACACAGCAGUGGCGAGAGCUGUGUGGGAUGAGAGAGGCCAGGAAGAACCAUGGCCUGGUUGUUGUCAACAACAGGAUCUAUGCUGUUGGGGGACAGGGACCUUUAGGUGGCCUGGAUUCAGUGGAAUAUUACGACAUUGCCACCAACGAGUGGCGUGCUGCCUCGUCAAUGCCAUGGAGGGGUGUGACAGUGAAGUGUGCUGCUGUCGGAAGUGUAAUCUAUGUGCUGGCUGGAUUCCAGGGGGUGGGGAGGCUCGGGCAUGUCCUAGAGUACCACUCUGAGACUGACAGGUGGGUGACCUGCAGCAAAGUGCGAGCGUUUCCCGUCACCAGCUGCCUCAUCAGCGUGGUCGACACGUGCGGAGUGAACGAAGACGAAGACAUGGACAUCAUUGACUCUCAGCCACACGCUGCAUCUGCCGCCUCUUCAUCUGCCUCAACCGCAUCGUCCUCAUAGAAAAUGAAGCGUUGUCUGUCAUGAGUUGAUAUUUGUGAAAUCCCCUGAACUGAUUCAUGAGACAGGAUCUCGUUUCACUUGUGUAGUCGGUCGUGCUUAGACAGCGUGUUUU